AUGAGCGCCCAGGGGGGCUCCCUAGGGGCUCCAACUUUGGGUGAUCGUCGAUCUCCUUACAUCGGGGGCUACCCAACCGACGUACAACAGCAACAGCAGCAUCAGCAGCAGCAGCAACAGUUACACAAUCCACACCACGACUACCAUCGGGGUGCGUUGCAACCGGACGCAACCACCGUUGGCGGUGGCUACCUGGAGAAGCAGCAGCAGCUGUUGCAGCAUCAGCUUCAACAGCAGCAGCAGCAGCAGCAGAAAGGAUACACAAAGCAGACGCAGCUGGCCUCCGCGGGUGGACCGAACCAGCGAUCGGCACGCGGGGCAGCCAGCAACAACAGCAACAACACCGGCAGCGGCGGCACUAGCAACACUAGCGCCACCGGUGGCCAGCAAGGUUUCAACGGUCAAAGUAUGGUCGCAGCGGCCGGCGGGCAGCAAGGCAACAUGGACGUCGGAUACAACGCGCAGAUGAGCAACAUGGCGAUGCACUCGCAGUCCCAGUCCUGGAACCAGAUGAGCGGUGGCGGCGCUGGUGGCGCUGGUAUGGGCCAGAUGGGUGGUAUGGGCCAGAUGGGCGCCAUGAACCAGAUGGGCGGUGGCGGCGGCGCUGGCGGUGCCGGCAACGGUGGCAUGGGACCAAUGGGUCAGAUGGUGGCAGGCGGCGGCGGCGGAAUGGCCGGGAUGGGCGCGAUGAACGCCAUGAACGGAAUGGGGCCGGGUGGUGGUGGGGUCGCGGCCGGCGGUGGCGGCGGCUACGGGCGGCACCACCAGCAGAUGAACCCGAUGGCGCAGAUGAUGAACAUGGGCAUGGGGAUGGGGGGCGGUCAGAUGGGCCCCGGUGCGAACGGAACGAUGUCCCAGAUGGGAGCCGGUGGUGGUGGUGGGGCCGCCGGCGGAACGAUAAACCCGCUAAGUCAGAUGAACCAGAUGUCGCCGAUGUCGAAGAUGCAGGGCAUGGCGAACGGGUACGGGCCGGCGCAGCACCCGCGGCGGAUGGCACCCUACCCGAACCCCCAGAUGCAGAUGGCCCACAAGCGCUCGAUGUACGGGAUGGGCCAGGGUCAGGGGAUGCCCGGGGCGGGUGCCCAGUUUCCACCACACCAAGCGGCCGCGGCCGCAGCGGCGGCGGCUGCCGCAGCCGCCGGAGUGCCGCUUCCGAUGCAGGCCGCCGCCGGUUACGGCCGGCACGGACCGAUGGGCCCGAUGGGCUACCGGGGUGGACCGCCGAUGAUGCAGCAACGGCAGAACACCCCUCCGUACGGCGCUGGCCCCGGUGCCGUUGGGCCCGGCCCACUCGGACCGGCCGGCAUUGGACCGGGUCCGGGCGGUGGCCAUCAGCAGCACCAACAGCAACAGCAUCAGCAACAUCACCUCCAGCAGCAACAGCAGCAACAUCAGCAGCAGCAACAACAACAGCAGCAGCAGCAGCACCAACAACAACAGCAGCAGUAUUACAACACGGGCUACCAGAACAUGCAGGGCUACCAGCCGGACAUGCGCAUGAACUUCCAGCACAGUCCGGUGCCCGGUAAUCCGACGCCCCCACUAACACCCGCAUCUUCCAUGACCCCCUACAUCAGUCCCAACCCGGACGUGAAGCCAAACAUACCACAGAGCGAGGAACUACGGUUGACGUUCCCGGUGCGCGACGGCAUCCUGCUGCCACCGUUCCGGCUCGAGCACAAUCUCGCGGUCAGCAACCACGUGUUCCAGCUGAAGUCAACCGUCUACAACACGCUCAUGUGCCGGCCGGACCUGGAGCUGCAGCUGAAGUGUUUCCACCACGAGGACCGGCAGAUGAACACGAACUGGCCGGCCAGUGUGCAGGUGUCGGCCAACUCGACCCCGCUCGAGAUCGACCGGGGCGACAACAAGAACACGCACCGGCCGCUCUACCUGAAGCAGGUGUGCCAGCCGGGCCGGAACACGAUCCAGAUCACCGUCAGCACGUGCUGUUGCUCCCAUCUGUUCGUGCUGCAGCUCGUCCACCGGCCGUCGGUGAACCACGUGCUGCACACGCUCCUGAAGCGCAACCUACUGUCCGCCGAGCAGGCGGUGGCCAAAAUCAAGCGCAACUUUGCCGUCAACAACCACAACGUGGCGGCGACUGCGAAUCCGGGUGCGUCGGACAAGGCGACCGAUCCGCUGACCGGCGAACCGCAGGCCAACUCAGCUAAGGUUUCCCUGAAGUGUACGGUGACCUCGAAGAGGAUAACGCUGCCGGCCCGCGGUCACGACUGCAAGCACAUCCAGUGCUUCGAUCUGGAGGCGUAUCUGGCCCUGAACUGCGAGCGUGGCAACUGGCGGUGUCCCGUGUGCAAUAAACCUGCCCUGACGGAGGGGCUCGAGAUUGACCAGUACAUGUGGGCGAUACUGAACACACUCAACUCCUCCAACACCCAGAACGGGAUGGACACCGAGGAGGUGAUCAUCGACGCCCAGGCGAACUGGCGCGCGAUCAAGCCUCCCGGUUGCGUCGGCAAUCCCAACAUUGGUGGCAAUCUCAACCCGCAGCAACCAUCGCAACAGCAGCAACAACAUCCACAGCAGCUACAACAACCUCCCCAAGCACAGAACCCGAACGAGGCCGGACCAGGACGCAGCGGUGGUGGUUCCGGCACGCCCGGCCUGCCGGUCAUCAAGCCGGAUCCGGACGGUGACGCGAAGCACUUCAACAAGGUGAUGUCGCCCGGUUCAACCUCGCUCCCGACGUGGGACAACAUGAACGCGAUGAGCCCGUACAUGAGCCCGGACAUGAGCUCGAUCGCCAGUGGCAGCAUGAUGGGCGCGAACUACAAUCGAACACCGCAGUACGAUUCGUACGGCAAUCCGAUCAUGGUGAAGCAGGAAGCCGGAACGGCCAGUGGCCAGGGCCCGGGCAGUGUUGGCAAUGGGAACGGCAACAACGGUCCCGGCACACCCGGCGUGACCGACUUCCACGGGGGCAACCCGUUGGCCCAUCUGAGCGAUUCCGUCAACUCGCUCGAUCCUCUGAACGCGAUGGAAAAGUCACUGAAUGAUCAGAUGCCACAUACCCCGCACACUCCGCACACACCGGGUGGCGGCAACUCGUCGGGCCAUCCGAUGACCCCGGGCGGUCCCCCGAGUGUACCGCCGGCCAACGAAAACCCUCAGCAACCGACACCGAACAACGGUGCCGGUGGCAACAACAACGGCAGCAGCAGUAGCGUUACCAAUCCCGGCCAGGCCAGCAGUAGCGGUAACAACGGGAGCUCCAGUGGCCAGAUGAGCCACAGUCCCGGGAAUGGGAUGCAGCUGCACUCGCCGCAACAGCAGCAACAGCAUCCCGGUCUCGGUCUCGGGCCGAACAAUCCGGCGGCGAACAUCAUGAACUCACCGCAGAGUCUUAUGAACUCGCCACAGAACAUGAUGAACUCGCCGCAGAGCAUGAUGCAGCAGCAGCAGCAGCAAAAUCUCCUCUCGCUCGGCUCGAUGAUGGGCCAACAGCAGCAGCAGGGCCACGCGAACGCCCUGGCCGGGCUGACCGAUGUCGAUCUGCCGGCGGAUCUCAACUUCGACCCGGCCGCCGUCAUCGAGGGUGAAGGAGGCAACGACCUAAACCUGCUACCCGACAACGGGAUCGUCGAUCCGAUGGAACUACUCUCCUACCUGGACCCACCGGACCUGAACACGCCACCGUCGAGCGGUUCCAGCAACAACGCCAACAGCGACGACAUCCUGGCCGCCCUGUUCGACUAAACCGACGAACCGAACCGGCCUACGGCGGCGUAUUGACGAUGACCACGAAAACUCGCUAAAACCACACAUACACACGGCGCAUAUUACACAUACAAACACA